AUGAUGUGGCGGAGCCACGGGAACCUCGCCUGUGUGCUGCGCUUUGCGCUGCUCCUCGGACAUAACGUAACACUUCAUUAUCUAGGAGUGCCCAUUCACCACGCGGAGGUGACCGCGUUGUCCAUGGCGGAAUCGAGCAUGGUAUCGGCAGCAGGAGAUGGGGUAAAGGAAGAGGGACCGGAACGAUCAGUGAGGUUCCGGCCCUGCAUCGAUCUGCACGAGGGCAAGGUGAAGCAGAUUGUAGGAUCAACUCUGUCGGCAACCGGGGAUACAACAUCCACGCUUGAAACCAACUUCGAGACCACCAAGAGCUCGGCCGAUUUCGCCAAGAUGUACGAGCGAGAUGGCCUCCGAGGGGGGCACGUGAUCAUGCUCGGCGGAGGGUGUGAGGAAGCAGCACUAGCGGCAAUAAAGGCAUUUCCUGGGGGCUUGCACGUCGGUGGGGGCGUCAAUCCUUCUAACGCCAUGAAAUAUCUCGAUGCUGGUGCUAGCCACGUCAUCGUCACGAGCUAUGUCUUCAAGGACGGGGAAAUCGACUGGGAGAGGCUGGAAGAGCUCCGAACAGUCGUAGGGAAGGAUAGGCUAGUGCUUGACCUCAGCUGCCGAAGACGUCCCGGGGGUCUGGAGCGGGGAGACUUUUUGGUGGUGACGAACAAGUGGCAAAAGUUCACCCGCUUCGCCGUCACACGGGAAAACCUCGAGCGGUUAGCGGGCUACUGCGACGAGUUCUUGGUACAUGGCGUCGACGCAGAGGGCAAGAUGUGUGGCGUGCUGGAAGACUUAGUAUCUUUGCUCGGCAGCUUCAGCCCAAGAUUGGUCACCUACGCUGGAGGGGCUAGUUCCCUGGAGGACCUCGAUCGGGUGCGGGAGCUUGGGCGUGGUCGGGUAGAUCUAACCAUAGGCAGCGCUCUGGAUAUCUUCGGGGGCGACCUUCGUUACGAUGACGUCGUACUUUGGCAAAGACAGCAAGAAGCAAGGAUGCCAGUAGCCAGCGGCGAGUAGCAAAGUGUCGAAUUUUAAUGAUGUGGUCGGCCAUGACUACGGCCGUUGGAUUAGAUCGCAGUUAGCCAUCGUUUUGCAGCAUGGCGUGUGAUGGCAGCCGUAGUGAGUGACAUUCAGAAUGCGAGCAAGCUUCAAUCGUCCUCUCCAAGCUCCGGUGGCGUCUGCGUGAUUCAGUUGGCUUUGGGAGGAGAUCUGUACAGGGGCAGCGCGAGAGCCUGGGUGGCAUUUGGAAGCACCAAGAUAGUGCAUCGUACAGUUUUCGUCUUCCUCCCAAGCAAACCAAAUGCACGGCAGGCAAAAGUAUCAUUGCCGAGUAAAUAGAAACGCAGUUAUAUUCGACAGCUACGUACGUGCGUGGAGCUUUGUUGGCUUGGCCAAAACUUCCAUUGUAUACGUUACGUUCAUCAAUCCUACUACAAUGUAUCCCAUGUCACCACCGGGAAAGUCGGCACCGUGUGAAUUUGGUUCACGCGGCAAGCACGCCGACGCCACACGUGCCUGGCAUUCCACUAGGACACCCUUGGUCAGAGGCUAUAUUCGUGUGUCUACGAGUCGUGCUCUCAUUGUGGCUUGAGUAGCGAGUCUUGCGUC